AUGGGUAACUCUAGAAAUAGUUCAAUCAAAACUAACAAUAAUAAGCCAUUGCAGGAGGAAAAAAAGCCAACUCUACCUCCCGAUAAUCCCCAAUCAGACCAACCAAAAAAUCCUCCGCCUCAGCCAGACCCAGCCGACAGCGGUAAAACUGAACUAAAAUUUCCUGUUUUAUUAAACAAAAAUCUGCAUGGUAGCGGAUAUUUUACACUUUCUUAUGCUGAAAAUGAAAUGGCGAAAAAAGUAGUAAAAACUGGCCAGGGAGGUAGUCAAUUGAUUCUUUUGGAAAGUGGUUUCACUUUAACUUCUUAUUUACCGCUUCAAGACGACCCCGAUUUUCUAAAUCGCUUUGAAAACACCGAGAAAAAAGAAGUCUAUUUUGAUUAUUCUAAAUACAAUGGUGGUGAUUAUGUUUUUAUUGAUAGUGAAAUUCAGGAGGGAAAACCUGAAAAGGAUUUAGAUAAAUAUGUUUUUCAUCCAGAUAAUCCCUCCAUUAAAAAACUACUUGCCAAAAACCACUUACAAAUCCAAAACCGACGAUAUGAGUUCGCAUUUCGAGUUUUUUAUUUAGAGCGAAAUAUCGAAAAAUAUGACCCAAAUACCUGCACUUAUUAUCUUAAUAAUGAAGCCGAAGUUCAAACUGCUACUUCCCGUCCCUAA